GGCCGAUUCGAUUUUCUUGAACCAGAACCACGUACAAAAACCUUCCAUGUGAUUCUGCCGGCUCAUACAUACUAUAAUAAAGCAUCCUUUCAGAUCAAACGCAUUCCGUUCAACAAUGGAAUUGCCACCUGGGAUCGUCUACCUCCUCAGUUGCUUUCCACAGCUCCUAUUGCCACCAGCGAUAGUUUAUAUCUGCGAUUUGGCAUUUGGCGUAUCCUUGUCAGGAUGGUCACAGAUUCCUGUAUAUGUGUUAUCUUUUCCUGCUCUGUUCACUUGCAAGGUGCUCGCAUUAAAGUACCACGAUAGGCGCCAAGCUGCCAUCCAUGGUGCUGUCCUUCCACCCAUGUUUCCAAGUAAAUGGCCUGGCAGUCUGGAUCUCCUCGCAGCCUUGAUACAAAAUUUCAAGUUUGGAUACAUGGGGGACUUGAUGGCAGAGCAGUGUAACACUCUAGGACAUACGUUCAACAUGCGAGUCCUCUUUGAAAAUAGGAUCUUCACCGCUGAACCAGAAUAUACCAAGGCAAUUCUAGUAUCAAAGUUCGCAUCAUUUGAGAAAGGGCCUAUGUUUUCGGACCAAGUCAAUUCCCUCCUUGGUACCGGAGUGUUCAAUUCCGAUGGGGAUACGUGGAAAUUCCACCGCUCGAUGACACGCCCGUUCUUCAGCAAAAACAGAAUCAGUCAUUUUGAUAUAUUUGACAAGCACGCGGAGGAUGCCAUUAGCCAGCUGAAGAUUAGACUUAGAGAUGGAUACCCUGUGGAUUUCCAGGACGUGGUCUCUCGUUUCACCUUAGAUUCUGCGACAGAAUUUCUCUUCGGCAAAGAUGUCUGUUCUCUCUCCGCCGGCCUGGUCUACCCACCGUCAUCGCCUCGUUCUAAAGACGUCGCAUUUAAGAACCACCCCGCUAACAAGUUUGCGCAUGCAUUCAGUGAGGCUCAGAUUGCUGUUGUCUAUCGUGGCCGAUUUGGCUCAGCGUGGCCCCUGUUUGAAUUCUGGACUGAUCGUGUCAAGAAGCACAUGGGUGUUUGUUACAAGUUCAUUGAUCCCAUCCUCAAGGAGGCGUUAGAAAAGAACAAAAUGCUCAAGGAAAAUAUUGACGAGAAGGUAGUAAAGGAUAGGGACGUCGAAGAAGGCGAAACGCUGCUUGAUCACUUGGUGAAUUACACAGAAGACCCCAUCGUCAUCAGGGACGAAAUUCUCAAUAUCAUGAUUGCUGGACGUGAUACUACUGCAGCUACCUUGACUUUUGUUAUUUAUAUGCUCACAGAGCAUCCUGAUGUCCUCCGCCGUCUUCGUGAGGAGAUCCUUGGCAAGGUAGGUCGUUCGAGGAGACCAACCUACGAUGAUAUGCGCGAUAUGAAAUAUUUGAGAGCAGUCAUUAAUGAAACGCUUCGACUUUACCCACCUGUACCAUUCAAUGUCAGGAUCAGUACAGAACCAACGGUCUGGCCUGGAAUUAAUGGGGGAAAACCGAUCUAUAUUCCUCCAAAUACUAGGACACCUUACUCUGUAUUCCUGAUGCAACGACGAACAGACUUAUGGGGACCAGAUGCUGAAGAAUUUGACCCAGAUCGUUUCCUUGAUGACCGCCUCCGGAAAUAUUGUACUCCUAACCCAUUCAUCUUCGUGCCUUUCAAUGCAGGCCCCAGGAUUUGUCUUGGGCAACAGUUCGCCUACAACGAGAUUUCUUUUUUCCUAGUCCGACUUCUCCAGCAGUUCUCUUCGGUCUCAUUGGCCACCGAUGUCCAGACUCUUCCGCCUGCAGAGUGGGCGAAGUGUUCUGGCCGCAAGGCCAUCGAAAAGGUCAUAUUUAAGAGUCACCUUACCAUGUAUGCACAUAACGGGCUAUGGGUUAGGAUGGAGGAAGCUACCCCUGUCGAGGUUGUGUAGAUUUAAGGGUUCAGCAUCACGACGACAAAUCAUUUAUAUCAUCUGUACUAUCAUGUAUAUUGAUGCAGAGGAAAUAUGUACAGUGGGCGGGGCCACCAAAA